AUGCAAGCCCCUUGGCUAGGUGGAGCCUAUAAGCCGUGCGUCAUGCAGAUGGUCUUCCAUCGGCGACCAGUCACAAUCGCGCGAGUUCGCAGGCGAACUCAGAUGCCAAGCCGCGGCAUCUCGAAGUUUCGCCCCAGAGACGUGCACUUCACCCGAAAGCUCCAGACCACCGCCAUUACCAAGCAACAUGGGCUCGACCAACUUCGCUUCAAGCAACCCUCGCCCGCUGAAUAA